GGAAGCAGUGACCACGUGCGGAUACCCAUCCGAUAUUUCGACUCGACCGAGAUAUAUCACAGUUAAUAGCCACACACCAUUUCAAAGCUAUAUACACGCUGGGUAGUGGGUGAUGGCUUUCAGCUUUCUGCCCUUGCUCUUGCCGUUCUGGAUCUUGAAUUCUUGAUCAUCUUGAGUUAAUUGUUAGUAUAGUCAUGGAUGGGGUGGGGCAAGCGGCGGCGGUGGCGCAGCUGGUCGCGUACGUGGUGAAGCUCAUCUUCACCAUCGUGGGGUUGGCGGAGACGGCUCGCCGGAACAAGCUGGAGUGCAAGGAGCUGGCGCGCCGCGUGUCGGUGAUCGGCGAGGUGCUGCAACGGCUGAAGCAGCAAGAACCAUGGGUGGCGGCGCCUCUGGCCGGGCUCCGCGACGCGCUCCUGGAGGCGCACGGCCUCGUGGACGGCUGCUGCCAGAAGAGCCAGAGGAAACGCGACCGGGUGCGCGCGCUCGUCGGCGCCGACCGGCACGCCGAGCGGUUCAGGGAGGUCAACUGCAGGAUCGACCGGCAGCUAAACCUCAUCCCCUUGCUCAGCCACAUCUCCAUUGUCAGCCGCCUCGAAGAAAUCACGACGAGCCAGCAGGCCCAGCUUCUUCUUCCCCUUCCUCCCAAACAGAAACAAACAAUAGCGGGCUCCGGGGGCUCCAAGCCCACCGGUACUGUGGCGAGCUCGAGUGAUGAUGAUGAUGGGGUUGUGAAGAAGCUGACGUGGGCGGAGAUCACGGCGGCGACGGACAACUGGGCAGCCGUGGUCGGCGUAGGCAGGGGGUCGUCGUCCACGGUGUACAGGGGCCGGAUGCCGCCCGCCCCCGACGGCCGGGACGUGGCCGUGAAGCGGCUGGGGAAGCACGGGCGCCGGGGCAUGGACGACGCGUUCGUGGCGGAGUUCGAGGUCCUCUGCAGCGUCCGCCACGACCACGUCGUCCGCCUCGUCGGCUGGUGCGCGGACGCCGGCGAGCGGCGCGCGUUCGUCUACGACCAUGCCAGCAACGGCACGCUCAGAGACCACCUGCGCGGCGGCGCCGGCGCUUCGUCUCCGGUGUCCGCUACCUGGAGAGCGCGCCUGGAGGCCCUCCUCGGGCCCGCCCGCGCCCUCGACCACCUGCACCGCCGCGGGGUCAUCCACCGGGACGUGAGCUCGUCCAGCAUCCUCCUGGACGCGCGCUGGGCGCCGCGCCUGGCCGGCUUCGGCGCCGCGGUCUUCCGAGCCUGCACGGCCGGCCACGAGCGGCAGGCCGUGUCGGAGGUCGUGGGCGCGCACGGCUACCUUGACCCGGAGUACCUCAGCACGGGGCUCGUGGGUCCGGCCAGCGACGUGUACAGCUACGGCGUGGUGAUGCUGGAGGCCCUCACGGGGAGGCCGCCCGUGGAAGCCACCGGCGGCAGCUCAUCUGGCUGGGACUCAGAUCCGGUGACGCUGGUGGAGUCCGCGCUCGACGACCACGGGAAGCUGCGGGUCGACGUGCUGGACGCCCGGCCGGCGCCGGAGAAGAAGAUGACGGAGGCGCUGGAGCUCGUUGCGUACACGGCGGAGCGCUGCCUGUGGCCAACCGCGGAGGUACGCCCGGACAUGUCCGGCGUCGUGGCCAACCUCGAGAAGGCGCUCGGGAUGAUGACACCCAGAUAGCGAUGCAUGCGUGACCCUAAUAAGAGGAUUACGUUAGUGUUAACCAAUGAUUGUCGUUAUUUACCCACCACAUGAUGCAUGCUGGGAGUAAUUAGUUCGUGCUGUCGUGAAUUCAGAAUUUGUAAAUCCUGUGUAAAUUGUUGCAGAGAACUUCUUCUUUUUUUUGAAAAGUUUAGCACGGAGUACACUUUGUAAGACUUGUAUUCUUGCAACCAAUCCUUGUCUUGUCGGGGAAGAAAAUGUCAGUCGCGAGCGUUAGCAAAAA